AGAGAGAGAGAGAGAGAGAGAAAGAAAGAGAAGUUCUUUGCGGGUGAUUGAGCUACCCGCCACCUCCAUCCUUCCUCCACCACCACUAGCGGUGAGAAGAAGAGAUGUCGAAACCAGAGGAAAUGUCUACCAGCCGAGAAUCGCCCGGGACUUGCACGCGACCCCAAUGCACCGUAGUAGUAGGAAAAAACAUGUCGAUGAAGAGGAAAACGAGGAAAACGAAAAUGAUCCCACCGGAUGGUGGAUGGGGCUGGGUGGUCCUCUUUUCUGCUCUCGUUGUCAACUUUCUCAUCCCGGGCACCGUCAAGUCCUUCGGCGUACUUUUCGUCGAGUUUUUACACGUUUUCAAGGCGUCUUCCACGGCGGCCUCCUGGAUGCCGGCAUUAUGCUACUUUCUGUACAGCUCGUUAGGUCCUUUAUCUAGUAUCCUGUCGACCAAGUAUUCCUACAAAACGGUAACUCUCAUCGGUGGCACCUUUGCGGCCAGCGGGAUGAUGCUGAGCUACUUUGCCAAUUCAGUUACUUAUCUUUACGUUAGUUAUGGACUUAUGGUCGGAAUUGGGGCUGGAUUAUCAUUCCCACCGACAGUUUAUAUCGUUACGCAAUACUUUGAGAAGCUACGGGGGGUGGCGAACGGUCUAUGCAUUUCCGGUAGCGCCAUCGGCACUAUAGUGCUACCACCGUUACUGCAAUAUCUUUUGGACUGCUUCGGAUACAGAGGAGCUGUACUCAUCAUGGGUGCGAUCACGUUGAACACGUUGGUUUGCGGUCUUCUGUAUCAUCCGGUUGAACAGCACAUGAAAAUCGUACCUCUGGACGAGGGUAUCGAUAACGAAGCGUUGUUUCUCGAUGAACCUAUCGGCGGAAAAGAAGAGUCUGCUGAAAAAACGGGAGAAGAUGUUAAACUCAAUGAUGAUAAAGCGAUGUGUAAAUUUUCGGAUCUUUCGCACAACAUAGAAUCGACCAGCGAGAAGGUAUUCUACGAGUCUGAAAAAGAGGAUUAUAAAAACGAUACAGUUUUGAGAUUUCGAUCCGACGUUGUUAAGGACGAGGACUCGCGUCGGGAGGAGACUCCGCAGAAGAAUAUUUCGCAUGUGAAUGAAUUUUGCAUGACGAUCCGUCCGAAUCCUACGAGGGAAGAUGGCGAUGUUUUGAAUAACGAUACGCAGAAUUUAUCGCGGCGAGGUAGCGUUGUUACGGAGGAAAAUAAUAAGUCGCAGUUGAACUUCUCGAAAGUUGCGAAAAAUCUGAAAGAAGAUAGUAAGAUACGCGUCGAGGAAUCUAGACAGAGUGACGUGCGAUCGAAAUCAAUCAAGACAUCAGAGAAACAUGAAGUUAAAUCCAAGAAAGCGCCCUUUUUCGAUCUAAGCGUGCUGAGAGAUCCCAUUUACUUGGUGAUCCUCAUCUCCAACUCCACAUCAGCCAUCAGCAAUACAAAUUUCAUGAUUCUAUUACCGUCUUAUGCGAUCGCCGAAGGCUUUGAUAAGAAUUCGUCAGCUCUGCUUCUCUCCAUAGUUUCGGCGUUGGAUUUGAUCGGCAGGAUCAGCGGUGCAUCCUUAUCUGACAUCGAUUUUGUACCCAAGUAUUAUUAUUUCGUGGGUGGACUCGGCACUAGCGGGAUCGCUUUGGCGUUGCUACCGAUGGCAACCAGUUACACUAUGCUGUCAUUCUUCUGCGGUCUUUUUGGUCUAUCAUCGGGCAUGUACAUCGGUAUCACGACGGUUAUUCUCGCGGACAUGUUGGGAACGGAGAAGCUCAGCUCAUCUUAUGGAAUAUCACUGUUCGUUAAUGGCGUAUUACAGCUCGUCGGACCGCCGGUUUGCGGGGUCAUUUUUGAGAAUGUGUUGUCUUAUAAGCCGAUCUUCUUAGCCUUCGGAAUCAUUUUGAUUUUGGGCACCGCACUCUGGGCGGUAGUGCCACUCAUUAAAAGAAACAAUAAGAAAGAUGUAGAAGCGAUAUAAGUAAAAUGAUAUAGGAUGUGGCAUCUCGAAGAUUUUCUAAUGAAUCGAUUUAAGUGAGUGUCUUAUAAAAGACUCUACAUAUUACAAUUACGAUGGUUUCUUUCUUACGAUGGAUCUUGUGAUCUGAGAAGAGAUCCGAUAACAUUCUUAGGUACUUUUAAACUAUAAAGCAACAAAUACUUGAAUUGUUGUACAUUUCUAGGAGAAUUUAACAUUUAUAUUUUACAAGAUAUUUGUGGUCUAGAAAAAAUUUGAGAAAACUCGUAAAAUUAUCUAAUAUUAAACAUAUCGAGCUUUAAAUUCAUAAAUCCAGCACGACCGUGUAUCUGCACAGCUAUCUGCACAGCAGACAUUUAUUAUCACGACAAAUAUUUUUCGCAAUUCGUGCCAUUAUUGCAUUACUAGAUUACUAUAUAAAUUGUUAUGUAAUGAAGGCUUGUAUAAAUUGCAUGGCUGUCAUUGAAGACAUAACUUUUUGUAC